GUCAGCGCCGGGGGCCGCGCCGGCUCUCCUCCCACGCCCUGUCCUCUCUGCUGCUUUCCUGGAGACCUCGGUGGGUAUCGGGCAGCCCACGCCAAAGGUACCCGGGCAGGCGCCAGCCUGGGAAACCUCGGAGGAGGGAGGGCCGGGCGACGCAGGAGCUGAGCAUCGUCCGGGAGGGCGGCAGGGCCCGGGCCUCUGCAACCACAGCACCACCUGUCGCGCGCCGAGUCGUCAGGUGAAAGGAAAGAUGUUAUCCCGGUUGAGAGGAGUUGUCACCCGUUGUACAUAUGCGGCAUGUCGUCAUUUGCAUAUAAAAGAGAAGGGCAAGCCCCUCAUGUUGAAUCCAAGAACCAACAAGGGCAUGGCAUUUACAUUACAGGAACGACAAAUGCUUGGUCUUCAAGGACUUCUACCUCCAAAAAUAGAAACACAAGAUAUUCAAGCCUUACGAUUCCAUAGAAACUUGAAAAAAAUGACCAGCCCUUUGGAAAAAUACAUCUAUGUAAUGGGAAUACAGGAAAGAAACGAGAAGUUGUUUUAUAGGAUACUGCAAGACGAUAUCGAGAGUCUAAUGCCAAUUGUGUAUACACCAACAGUUGGUCUUGCCUGCUCCCAGUAUGGACACAUCUUCAGAAGACCUAAGGGAUUAUUUAUUUCGAUCUCAGACAGAGGUCAUGUUAGAUCCAUUGUGGAUAACUGGCCAGAAAAUCAUGUUAAGGCUGUCGUGGUGACUGAUGGAGAGAGAAUCCUGGGGCUCGGAGAUCUGGGUGUCUAUGGAAUGGGAAUUCCAGUAGGAAAACUUUGUUUGUACACAGCCUGUGCAGGCAUACGGCCUGACAACUGCCUGCCUGUGUGUAUUGAUGUGGGAACAGACAAUGAGGCACUCUUAAAAGAUCCAUUUUACAUGGGCUUGUAUCAGAAACGAGAUCGCUCACAACAUUAUGAUGAACUGAUUGAUGAGUUUAUGAAAGCUAUUACUGACAGAUAUGGCCAGAACACACUUAUUCAGUUUGAAGACUUUGGAAAUCAUAAUGCAUUCAGGUUCUUGAGAAAGUAUCGAGAAAAAUAUUGUACCUUCAAUGAUGAUAUUCAAGGGACAGCUGCAGUAGCUCUAGCAGGUCUUCUUGCAGCAGAAAAAGUUAUUAAUAAACCAAUAUCAGAACACAAAAUCUUAUUUCUUGGAGCAGGUGAGGCUGCUCUGGGAAUUGCAAAUCUUAUCGUUAUGUCUAUGGUGGAGAAUGGACUCUCAGAAGAGGAAGCACAAAAGAAAAUCUGGAUGUUUGACAAGUAUGGUUUAUUAGUUAAGGGGCGGAAAGCUAAAAUAGAUAGUCAUCAAGAACCAUUUGUUCACUCAGCCCCAGAGACCCUACCUGAUAGUUUUGAAGAUGCAGUAAAUAUACUUAAACCUUCAGCUGUAAUUGGAGUUGCAGGCGCUGGCCGACUUUUUACUCCUGAUGUAAUCAAAGCCAUGGCCCGUAUCAAUGAAAGGCCUGUAAUAUUUGCAUUAAGUAAUCCUACAGCAAAGGCUGAGUGCACAGCUGAAGAAGCAUACACACUUACAGAGGGAAGAUGUCUGUUUGCCAGUGGCAGUCCAUUUGAGCCAGUGAGACUCAAAGAUGGGCGAGUCUUUACACCAGGUCAAGGAAACAAUGCAUAUAUUUUUCCAGGUGUGGCUUUAGCUGUUAUUCUCUGUAAUACCCGGCAUAUUAGCGACAAUGUUUUCCUAGAAGCUGCAAAGGCACUGACAAGUCAGUUGACAGAUAAAGAGCUUGCCCAAGGGAGACUUUACCCACCACUUGCUAAUAUUCAGGAAGUUUCUGUGAACAUUGCUAUUAAAGUUACAGAAUACCUAUAUGCUAAUAAAAUGGCUUUCCGAUACCCAGAACCCGAAGACAAGACCAAAUAUGUUAAAGAGAGGUUAUGGCGAAGUGAAUACGACUCCCUGCUGCCAGAUGUGUACGAAUGGCCAGAAUCUGCGUCACGUCCUCCCCAGAUAACAGAAUAGAAGCAGUCCUGCUGAUAGAUACCUUACAUGCUUCAGGGAAUCCCUUUUUUUUCUGACACAAAGAAACAAUAUCCUCAUUAUUAUGGUGUUUUCUGUGUUUUGCUCUCCCCCCACACUUCGCUUGGCUUAUGUUUCCUACACAUCUGUUGGGGGCAGAUGUGCUGACUGUAUUGUUAAUGCCUAUCAGUACCCUAAAAUCAACUAACCAUAAUUCUUUCCUCUAACUUGUAACCCAUACCACAUCCAAGAGAUGUUAAAAUGUAUUCAUUAAUAUUCAGUUACUUAUUUACAUUUUCCAAAGUAAUUUGCUAUUUACUAUUAUAGGUGAUAAUCUUCUUUCACCCAGUUAUUUUAGCACUACUAAAAUAGAAAUUUUGCUUUUAUGGAUUUGAGUACAGAAUUUUUAGAAGAAACCCAAUUUUAAAUUCUAAGGAAGAAUUGUCAGUGUCUAAAAAUACUUUUACAUCUGCCUCAUUUUACCAUUUCUUUAUAGUAGACCUAGGAAAUAUGAAUUACUCUAUUUAUUUUCUGGAACUAAAUCAAGGCGUAACCAUAACAGUACCAGAGAGUAAUAGGAACUACUGCUGCCUUUAGAUAAAUAAAAGUCAUUGUUUCCAACAGUGUAUGAAAUUAUAGUGUAACUUUUUUAUUUAAUAAACAUAAUAUGUUAAGUUUAA